AUGGAGAAAUCAGUGAUCGCAGCUGAUGGAAAGGUGAACAAUCAUAUACAUGACGAUAUUGCCAUCAUUAUUCUGUCAAAGUUGCCUCUUAAAUCCUUGACUCGAUUUGGUUGUGUGCGUAAAUCUUGGUCUUUCUUGUUAGAUAAUCCUUAUUUCAAGACCAUGUUUCGAAGAAAUUUCUUAUAUAAGAAUCAUUCUUAUUACAAUGAUACAUCUCUCUUCCUACGUUACAACCGAUCAUGGUUUGACACUGACGUGAUUAGUGGUUACCCGGCUAGACAUGGGGGAUUGUUUUCUCUUUCUGGAGAGAGAUUUGAGAAUAGGGUUGAAUUAGAUUGGCCAAAUCUAUUUUCCGAUGAUCGAAUUCAUUUUAAAAUUUGUGGUUAUACUAGUGUCAAUGGCAUUAUUUGUAUUGAUUAUAACUCUCAAGGAAGAGUUGUAUUGUGGAAUCUAGCUACCAAGGAAAACAAAAUCAUUCCUUCAAGUCCUUUUGCUUCUCAACCUUCCUUGAAUUAUCUUCAUCUUCAUGGGUUUGGUUAUGACCAUAUUAGAAAUAACUAUAAGUUGAUUCGACAUGCAAUAAUUUAUCCUACAACAUGCAACAUGGGAAAAAAUACUCCUUAUUCUUUGUGGGAGAUAUACUGUCUAAAAAGCAACUCUUGGAGAAAGCUUGAUGUAGAUAUGCCUUCAUCUUCUCGACAUAAAGUGGGCGGUCAUGUGUACAUGGAUGGAGUGUGUCAUUGGUUGAGUAAAACAUACAAUAAAAAUUAUCUCGUGUCAUUUAACUUGACUACUGAAAUGUUUGUGACAACAUCUAUACUGACAAACACGAAUGAUAUUGAUUAUAGAUACUUAGCAAUGUUAAAUCGGUCAAUUGCGUUGAUUUCGAAUUUUGCAAACACAACUACUUUUCACAUAUCAAUUUUGGGUGAAGUCGGGGUGAAGGAAUCAUGGACCAAACUCUUCACUAUUAAAUUACAUGACAUCGGUUGGCCUAUUGGAGUGAGUAAGAAUGGUGAUAUAUUCUUUAGAAAAAACGAUGAUGAACUAGUUUGCUUUAAUUUAAGUACACAAAGAAUCCAACAAUUUGGUGUUAAAGGAGGUUAUUAUUCUCAGAUAAUAACUUACAAGGAAAGCCUUGUGUCGAUUGAAAGAGAAUAA